AGCCAUUCCAACGUACUUAGGUUCAGCCCACCCCUCCUAGGAGGCUGUAUUUCCUGGUCUGGAAACUGGCCUCAAAGCUCCUCUUUUUGAGUUGUGUUAAGAUCAAAGAGGGCUCUGCUGGGAAGAGACAGCAGUGGCCAGAGACAUCGUGGAAGCCGGAGCUAAGGCACCUGUCAGCGGUCGACCUUACCUGGAUGUGAAAUCAUGUGACUAGGACGCUUGGGCAGACACCAACUCUGAGCCUGAGGUAGAGCGAGCAGACUGUUCCCAGCAACUUUGCCCCUUAGACCUUUCGUGUUAUCUGCUCUUUCCCUGAAGCUGGGCCCAACCCCACCCCCACAGCCUCAACUCCAGCCGCCAGCUCUCUUUUCCUCUGCCUCUUAUGGUCCUGGGAGUGGGGAUAAGGUGAAGAAUCACCAGUCCCUGUGGCAGAUGACAGGGGUCACCCACACGUUCUAUCUCCCCUCCCUGGGCUUUCUCAGCCUUCCCUAAGAGAUAGCUGGACCUGGAGCGCCUCGGAAUCCCUCGGGGUACCUGCAUGUAUAUACUCUCUCCUCAGGAGUCUAAUAAGGGAGGCACAGGCCCUGGGGGGCACAGUACAAGAGGAGAGGAGGGUCCCAGGCUAUCGAGGGGACCAACAAACCACGAAGUCCUGGGGACAGGCACAGGGCAGGACCCACCCCCUGCCCUGGCAGGUACAGAGGUCCUUGGGGCUGGAGCUCUGGACUAACAGUGCCAGGUGGUGAGCUCAGCCUUGCAACCCUGCCCUCCUGUGUCGGGCUGUCAGCAGAGCCGUUUCUCCCAAGAAGAUUUCCAGGCCCCUCUGGGCAAUGAAGAGGCCUAAAUUUAGCCAGCAGACAAGGGGCUGGCCUCGAGCCCAGGGACAGUUGGGCCUUAUAAAGCGCUGGCAGUCAGGGGCCCCGGCACGCUUCCGUGGAGGCCUGGACCCACUCGUUUCUCCAGCCCAGCCCCUGCCCGUCUGGACAGGGACCCCCGCUGCCUGUGGAUGAGCCAUCGGACCUCCUCCGCCUUCAGAGCGGAGAGAAGCUUCCGUUCCUCUUCCUCCUCCUCCUCCUCCUCUUCUUCUUCGGCCUCCCGUGCCCUUCCAGCCCAGGACCCACCCAUGGAGAAGGCUUUGAGCAUGUUUUCAGACGACUUUGGCAGUUUUAUGCUGCCCCACUCGGAGCCCCUGGCCUUCCCAGCCCGUCCCGGGGGCCAAGGAAACAUCAAGACCCUCGGGGAUGCCUACGAGUUUACAGUGGACAUGAGAGACUUCUCCCCUGAAGACAUCAUUGUCACCACCUUCAACAACCACAUCGAGGUGCGGGCUGAGAAGCUGGCAGCUGAUGGCACAGUCAUGAACACCUUUGCUCACAAGUGCCAACUACCAGAGGAUGUGGACCCAACAUCGGUGACCUCGGCCCUUCGAGAGGAUGGUAGCCUCACCAUCCGGGCGCGGCGCCACCCCCACACAGAACAUGUCCAGCAGACCUUCCGGACUGAGAUAAAAAUCUGAGGGUCUCUCCACCCCUGGCCUCCCCCUUAUCUCCUCCCCCACUGGCCUGCCGGUGAGGUCACCAUGAUCCCUGACAAUGACCCCUCAGAACAUCUCAGCCUAGGCCCCAGUCACUCCACACACUCUCAGGCCCCAGGUGGGUCACCCCUGCCCCAAACUAGGGCAUCCCUCUCCAUCCAACGCAGUCCAGGGACCUGUCUGCUCUCACCCAGAUAGACCCUCCCUAUCUAAGUUCACAAUAGAGGGGCUGAGGUACCAACCUGGAGAGCAAGACGAGGGCAGAGUCUAACACAGAGUGGCGGCUUCAAUGGCAUUUCUGCAGGGCAGGGGACCAGAAGCCCCUUCCUGGCAAAUGAGAGGCUGGCCACAAGCAGGGCUUCUGGCCUAGGUAGACUGCCUCAGGGAAGCCAGAGAGAUAGCCAUGACUGUUACCUUCCUUGUAACUCUCGAAACCUCAAACCCAGGGCUACCUGUCACCCUGAGGCUCUAACAGCUACAUGUACCAGACAAAGACACCUGUACCUAGAUGGGGUUUAUUAAAAUGACAUGAGGCUCCUAUCUCCAGCUGCUGGUGCAUGAGGCCAGAGCCCAGGGCUCCUGGGUGGCUUCCCCUGCAGAGAGGGUCCUCUUUGGAAGUGAGAGGAAGAGCCAGGACUUGUACACACACACACACACACACACACACACACACACACACACACACACACACACACACACACACACACACACGCGCGCGCGCGCGCGCGCCAUUGUCCUAUGCCUUAAAUACUCAUUCCCACUGGUUGGAGCCCAAUUCAAAGCAUUCUAAGAGUCACAGUUAGCAUCUCUGUUUUCAUCAAUGGAGACUGGCGUCUCUGAGCCAGUUGGAUGCCCAGGUUUGUCUCUGAAGCCAGCGCUGCCUCAGCGGCUCUCAGACUCUCCCCUCUGUGUACUGGGGACACUUCCCCCCCAUUCCACCUCUCCUGAGCCACAUGCCCUGCUUCGCCCUAACUGCAGAUGGUGGCCACAAGAAGAACCCCAAACCAGAUCUCUUCUGGCCCCCAAAUUCAGGGCAAAAACCCUUGUCAGCCUUAACCCUGGGGGACCUGGGCUCUGACUCAGUCUCUGCGUGUAGAAUCGGGUGUAAAGGGGGAAGCUCACUGCUAAUCGGGGUCCCAGGGGCCUCUACAGUCUUAGGACCCUGUGGAGGAGGGGGUGGGGUGGGGUCGUGGGAGUCUAGUCUAUAACCUGUACACAAUAAAAGGACAAUAUG